AUGUCUCCUACCUCUCACCCCCCGCCACAAUCUAGGAGAAAUAAAAGAUUACUCGUGCGACAUCCUUUUAAUUUGGACACCCCACUCGCAUAUUUCUUUCAUCCCAAGGUUCAUGUCCCAAAGGAUCAUGUCCAGAGCCCCAUGGAUCGAGACAGCGACUUGGAGGAUGAUACCUCCAUCUUUGUGGGGAGACGACAUGAGUUGACUGAAAAAUUGGAGGAGCACCCGUACGAUUUAUUACUUUACCUCGAGCGAGCGAGCGUCUAUAGCGAUUUGGGAUAUCCGGAUUUGGCCGCCGGUGAUAGUUAUAGGGCUUUGUUGUUGUGUGAUGAGUUGAAGGAUGAGAGUUUUGAAUAUCAUGAACAAGCUUUGGAAACGUUUAAAUCACGACUUGCGGAUGGCUUUUCGGACGGUUUGUUAAAAAGACAUGUUUUGGGGUUGGCAGAUGCAGAUACAGAUGAUGAUGUUAUUGGAGGAAAGGGAAUUGAGAAGCUUAAUCUUGAUGUGGAUGAGGUGGAUGAUGAAGUUUACAUGCGGAUUGCGGAUAAAGCAGCGUUGCGAUGUUUUCGAAAUCUCUCCUUGAGUCUUCUGCUUUGCGGAUGCUUGAAGAGCGCUUAUGAUUUCUGUAGCAGGGGACUAAAAGUUGCUCCCGAUGAUGAGGAAUUGAGUCAAGUGAAGGAUUAUGUUUUCAAUAUGGCGAAGAGAAGGUUAAAGACAGAUGAGGUGGAUAUAUCCGAGUUGCCAGAUCAAGGCUUGGUACGACGCGAAAUAUAUCCUUGGAAUAACCACGAACCGAAUCGUUUCUCGCAAGAAACUCUCGACUUUUUGAACCGGGAAUUAAGAGCUUCAUCUUCCAAGAUUGAAGUGCGGGCUGUUGAAUUACCUACACUUGUGGAAGUGGCUAUUGUCACGGAUGAAGAUGGCAAUCUACCAACUACCAAGCAGUUGGGACUAUUCGCAACAGAAGACAUACAACCAGGCGAAACGGUUCUUGAUGAGGUUUCUGUUCUCACCGUUAAUAAUCGUCUCAAAGAUGCACUUUGCGAUGCCUGCAGCACAGUCUUACCACCAUUGAGCAAAAAUAGUACGGUAGUAGGAUGUCCUGACUGCUAUGACAUCAUGUUCUGCAACGAAUCCUGUCUCAAUCUCGCACUAGCGACAUAUCACCCCGCCACUUGCGAAACAGACGUCGACACCAUCUCCAAAGAUCCAGAUCCAAAAGAAUCACCCAAUGCUCUCUAUCUCCUCCUCCUCGCUCGCACCUUGGCCAUGUCCGCCACUCAAGAAGUGCAUCCUCUGGAUCUCAAAGAGGUCAAAUACAUCUGGGGCGAUUUCCUCGAUUCCGAUUUCAACGCAGUUCCCAUCUCUCCCAGGUCCGAACCUCCACCCGUCUGGACUCUCCCGUUUUCUUUUUCAAGCAAUAUCUCGACUCCGCUUCAUAUCCUCGAAAAAAUGGAUAUAGACAUUUUCGCCGAACUCGCCUCCUAUGAUCUCUGGAUCCUCAAUACCUUGUAUGGCAAAUUCCGCGGCACGGCAUCGGCGAGAGUUAAUCCCGCAACAGGUAUGCCGGAAGUGGCGGCGGUGCAUCCGUUGUGGUGUUUGGCAAAUCAUGAUUGCGAUCCGAAUGUGCAGUGGGAAUGGGGUGGACGAAUGAAAUUGUGGUGUAGAGAUGAGAGGAUUGUGGGGAAAGGGGGGAUCUCAAAGGGAGAGGAGGUUUGGAGUCAUUAUUGUGAUAUUGAGUUGCCUGUGCAGGACAGGAGGGAGUGGGCGGAGGGGAGUCUGGGGGGCUGGUGUAUGUGUGGGAGGUGUAGGAGGGAGGCGGGGGAGGAGGAUGGUGAGGUGGGAGGGGAUGGGGAUGGUGGGGUGGGAAAGAAAAUGGAAAAGGAAAAUGAGGGUAUUGGAUUUGGGAAUGGAAAUGGGCAUGGUAGUGAUGAGCCAACGGAUUUGGAUGGAAAAGUUGCAGGGAAUGGAUAUGUAGGUGAAAGACAACUCUACCCACCCACGAGAAAGUAA